AUGGGCCGCCCCAAGAAACGAAAGGUCCAAGAGGACGAGGAUCAGGCCAGUGCCACGACAAAUAAUGACACCCCUCCGUCAUCGGGUGAAAGAGAAACUGUCCAUGAUUUGAGUGCGGGGAUGAACUUUAGCGGGCUUGAGUUGUCACCUCAGGCCGCGUUUGAUUCGGGCAUCGGUUCAACUGAUUGGGGAUGUGACACUAGUGUCUCUGUAGACACAGACCCAGCACUCCUAUGUAUGGGCAACUCAUCCGGGAAGCCGUCCUGCUCUUGUCUCGCAAGUCUCUAUCUGUCCUUGGAGGAGAUGCGGUCCGCAGACAUCACCCCGUUUACGUCCGGGCUAGCCCAGCUUCGGACAGUUACUGGGAGAGCGGCAACCAUUCUCGAGUGUCAAAUCUGCCCGAGCGAGUUCGUUUGGGCCAUGCAAAACUCCCAGUUGCUGAACACCCUACUUGUGUCGAUUGCGGAGACUUAUCGGAGACUUGUUACGUUCAUUGAGGAGGAGGCCCAACGGGCGACCAACAACAACGAAUCCAAGACAUUUUUCAUCAGUGAAACUCAGCCGGGAAAUCCAGAAAUGGAGAUGAGAGAUGGAAGCUACAUUCCUCCCAGCUUUCCUCUCAGUCUCAGUCCCGAGAAGUGGAAGUUGCUCGCAAAGGAAGCCGUGAAGGCGGACGUUUUUGGCUCGCCCCAUUCGACUUUCACUUCUUUCGCGAAUUUACUGCAGUUGAUGGAAGAUAGACAGCUCGGAUGGCAUUCGGGUGCCUUGCCAUCGUGCAUCAGUGUGGGUCAUCACCUUCAUCACCAUGCGCCCGACAAGGAACCUAUGUGUGUGAUGCUCGUCAGGCACACGAAAAGUCUCAUCAACCAGCUUUCACUUGACAGUUGA